AUGGCUGAUGCUCCAGCCCCACCACCAGAGAGCCCCACCACCCUCAACAAUCUGGUCACCGGACAAGGUCUGGAUGCAGAGAAAGCAGCCAAAUCCUCGAUUCCAAUCAAUAACAUCGAUGGAGCGACACUGGAGAAGAAUGGGAUGGAGUUCUUGAAGGCGUUGAAAGAUGAGGAUCUCGGGAAAUUGGUGUUGGCUGCCAACUACUUGGAGACGAAGAAGCUUCUUCGGUAUUGCUGUAAGAAGAUGGCGAUGAUGGCUCAGGGAAAGGCUCCACUGGAGUUGAGAAUCCUUUUCGAGAUUUCAACUGAUGAGGAGGAUGAGCAUGCUGAGAUGGGAUUGAAGGAGAGACACCGCGUAGCUCCGUCGAGGAAAAAGUGA